AUGCGCCGCUUUGUUUCCCAACAAGACGGAAAAGCUACGGCGCUAUGGACUAAUUUGCCGCAUGCAAGGGUUUCUUCCGCUUUCUUUUCAUCGCUGACACACGAGUCUCGUGUCGUGCAAUCCGUUACUUGCGUUAGGCGUGUGUUGGCACCUCCGACUCCCUCCAUAUAUCCUGCAUUUCGUAAUACAUUUAAGAGCACCAAACGAUGGCAGGGAAGCACAACUUCAGCAGGUGGGGAUUAUUACAAACUGCUUGGCGUCAAGCCGGAUGCGUCGCAAGAUGAAAUAAAAGCGGCCUAUAAGAAAUUGGCACUAGAGUUCCACCCAGACCGAAAUCACGACCCUGGUGCAGAGGAGAUGUUCAAGAACAUUUCCGAAGCGUACAACAUUAUUGGGAAUAAAACAAGGCGGAAGGAGUACGACAUGCAACGUAGGGCAGAAACGUCUAAUGCUGGUAGCGCGAGGAGCUCAUACCAUCCAGGAGGGGCCGCGUAUCAUAGCCCGCCGGGCUAUCAACACAUCUCAAAAGAGGAGGCAGACAAGAUCUUCCGCGAUUUGUUUGGUGGAAUGCGCGUAGACCAGAUAUUCCGCGACUUUGAAGAAAUGCAACGUGGGACUAGGAGCGGUGGUCGUUCCGGGUUCCCGCAAGAGUUCGGUGCCGCGGAUUGUUCGUUUCGACCAUCAUUCAGGAGUGAGUCAACGCGAGUGUACACCGAUGGGCUCGGUAACCGUAUGGAGGAACGCACCUUUACGGAUUCUCACGGUAACACAUACACCGUUCAUACAACAACUAGCGAGCAGCCGAACGCCAGCAUGAACCAGCGGGCGGAGGAUUAUUACAGCGGACAUGCAAGUAACAGUGGCGGUGGGCGAUUUCGUAUGGGAAACUCUUCCUUCAGGGUGACCCCACGAGAUGCGGCAAAUGAUUUUGGAGCAAAUUAUUUCGGGAUUAGAACUCACGGAAGGCAUCCCGCCGUGGCGAUGAUGAUACUUGUGGCGUGGUCCAUAGUGCUCGGCACACUUCUCUUCGCGACGCUUGCGUUUUUUGUCUCGCACCCAUUCUUUACUUUCGCGGUUCUGUUUUUAAUACUUUUGAAGCGGAUGCGCCUUUUUUGA